AUGGAGCUUCAUGAAUUUAGCCGAAAACUCGAGGACAACGUCUCUAUGGCACAUGGAGAAAAUAGUAACUGUAACUCUGAUGCAGAACAAGUCCUUGAACUCGGCCAUGAUCUAAAUAUUCUGCCUAAUCCUACUUCAUUUCCCUUUGUUCUUUCCUUCCAUAACCUCAGCUAUAGUGUUAAAGUUCGACGUUACAUGGUACUUCCUAAGUGCUUGAGGAGAGAUGAGGACAUGACUCGCACGAAGGUAUUGUUGAAUGACAUUUCAGGCGAAGCAAGGAAAGGUGAAAUCAUGGCAGUUCUUGGUGCUAGUGGUUCGGGAAAAUCAACGUUGAUCGAUGCCCUUGCAAACCAUAUAAAAAAGGAAAGUCUUAAAGGUAGUGUAACAUUGAAUGGUGAAGUUUUGGAGUCCAAGUUUCUCAAAAUGAUCUCAGCUUAUGUUAUGCAAGAUGACCUCUUGUUUCCUAUGUUGACAGUCGAAGAGACCCUCAUGUUCUCAGCCGAAUUCCAUCUCCCUACGACUUUAUCUUGGUCAAGAAAGAAGGAAAGAGUUCGAGCAUUGCUCGAUCAACUAGACUUGCAAAAUGCUGCUAAUACAAUGAUUGGAGAUGAAGGCCACAGGGGAGUGUCAGGUGGAGAGCGAAGGCGUGUUUCUAUUGGAAUAGGUAUCAUUCAUGACCCUAUUCUCCUAUUUCUUGAUGAGCCUACUUCAGGACUUGAUUCUACUUGUGCUUAUACGGUGGUCAAGGUCUUGCAAAAAAUAGCUCAAAGUGGAAGUAUUGUGAUCAUGUCAAUUCACCAGCCAAGUCAUAGAAUCCUUUGUUUGUUAGACCAUUUGAUCUUUCUCUCAUGUGGUCAAAUAGUGUUUAGUGGCUCUCCUGCAAACCUUCCUCAGUACUUUGCUGAAUUGGGAAGUCCAAUUCCAAGAGAUGCAAAUCAAACAGAAUUUGCUCUGGAUUUCAUACAAAAAGUAGAAGGAACCCCGAAUGGAACCAAGAAUUUGGUGGAAUUCAAUAGAUCAUGGCAAAGAGAAAAUCCAACUUGCAUCAGCUUUUUCAAAGGACCUAAACCAUCGUUGCAAGAUGCGAUAAGUGCAUGUGUUUCAAGGGGAAAAUUAGUCUCAGGAGCAAAGAAUAUCGGCCACAAUCUUUCUUCCUUAGAUGUCGCAAAAUUUGUUAAUCCAUUCUGGAUAGAAAUGGUUGUGAUAGCAAAAAGAUCUAUACUUAACUCCAUGAGAAUGCCUGAGCUGUUCUACGUGCGUUUUGGUGGUGCUGUUGCAACUGGGAUCAUCCUUGGUACUCUCUUCAGGAAAUUGGACAAUUCCCCAGAAGGGAUUCAAGAAAGGUUCGGUUUCUUUGCCUUUGCCAUUUCCACAAUCUAUUACAUUUGUGCUGAAGCCAUGCUAAUCUUCAUCCAAGAAAGGGAUAUUUUCAUGAGAGAGACAGCGCACAAUGCUUAUCGCUGUUCCUCCUAUGUUCUCUCCCAUGCCAUUACCUCAAUUCCUUCCCUAUUAGUCCUUUCCCUUGCAUUUGCUGUCACAACUUAUUGGUCUGUGGGACUUGCUCAUGGCUUUUCGGGUUUUCUUUUCUUCUUGCUCUUCAUAUUUGUCUCAUUUUGGACUGCAAAUUCCUUCAUCACAUUCCUCUCCGGAUUCAUUUACAAUGGAAUAGUGGGUUAUACACUAGUUACCAGGAUUUUUGGCUGUUUUUUGUUGUUAAGUGGCUUCUUCAUCAGACGAGAUGAGAUCGCCCCUUAUUGGAUUUGGUUUCACUAUAUGUCUCUAGUGAAAUACCCUUAUCAAGGGGUUUUACAGAAUGAAUUUGAUGAUCCACACAAGUGUUUCGUAAAGGGUAUCCAGAUUUUUGAUGCCUCGCCGUUGAAGGAUGUUACUGAGUCAUUGAAGAUCGAGUUGUUGCAAGACAUGAGCAAGAUAUUGGAUAUGAACAUAACAAACUCGACUUGUUUGACAACAGGAACAGAUAUAUUGAAGCAAACUGGGGUGAAUGAUUUAGACAAAUGGACUAGUUUGUGGAUCACCAUUGCUUUGGGAAUUUUCUACAGGAUUCUCUUCUAUUUUGCUUUGUUGAUUGGAAGCAAAAAUAAGAGACGCUGA